AUAUAAAAUUUUAUAUGGCUUGAGUUUCUUUGUUUGCUAAAACCCUGUGCAGCUUUUUUGCUUCCCAAAUAGGGUUUUGCUUACAAUGGGAGGGACGCGAGUUCAAGUGAAUAAGCCUCACAAGUCUCGCUUCUCUUCUAAAUCUUCUCGGAAUGUUCAUAAAACAUCUGUCAAAGAUAGAAUCGCGGUCGCGAAAACAGAGCGCAAUGUUGGAAAAGGAGCACGUGCUGCUCGAAUUCAGAGAAAUAAAAUGAUACGUGAUCAGAAAAGAGCUGCGGUUUUGAAAGAAAAAAGAGAAUUGAGUGGGUCGCGAAGUCCUCCUCGAGUUAUAGUGCUCUUUGGCCUCUCUGCUUCUGUGGAUUUAGAAUCACUUGCUGGGGAUCUCUUGUCAAUAUUAUCUAAAGGUUCUUCUAUGGGUCUGCCAGGAACGGUUGCUUCUUCUGAAUAUAGGACAAGAAUAACGGUUCUAAAAGCACCUCAUGGUGAUCUCCUAUCAUGCAUGGAAAUGGCCAAGGUCGCUGAUCUACUGGUUUUUGUGACCUCUGUAAGGUCUUUCUGCAAAGAACCCGAUUCUUACUACAUUGACUCAUUUGGAAGUCAAUGCCUUUCUGUAUUUAGGUCUCUUGGUUUACCAAGCACUGCUGUGUUUAUUCGUGAUCUACCUACUGAGCUUAAACAAAGAAAUGAACUGAAGAAGAUGUGUACAUCUAGUCUCGCCUCUGAAUUUCCUGAAGAUUGUAAAUUUUAUCCGGCUGAUACAAAGGAUGAGCUGCACAAGUUCUUGUGGCUCUUUAAAGAGCAAAGGCUUAAGGUUCCUCAUUGGAGAAAUCAACGAUCUUACCUCUUGUCCCAAAAGGUUGAUGCAGUAUAUGAUGGAAACUCUGAAAAAUGCACGCUGCUUCUCACUGGUUAUCUUCAUGCUCGUAGCCUCUCAGUCAAUCAACUGGUUCAUGUGUCAGGUGCAGGAGAUUUCCAAUUGGGUAAAAUUGAAGUUCUUAAAGAUCCUUGUCCUUUGAAUGCAAGGAAAAAUCAGGACUUAAUGGAUUCAGAAGAAAUCCAUGCUGUGGAGGUCAUUGGCUCUUUGGUUCCAGAUCCUCAUAACCAGGAAGCCAUAGUCAUUGAGAAUAUACCUGAUCCUCUUGCUGGAGAGCAGACAUGGCCAACAGAGGCUGAAAUUGCUAAGGCUGAUGAAGAUGGAAAGAAGAAGAUAAAAAAGAGGAGUCUUCCCCGUGGCACUUCAGAAUAUCAGGCUGCAUGGAUUGUUGAUGAUUCUGAUGAGGAGGAGUCAGAUUGUGACGAUGAAAAUGAUGAUCAUAUGUUGUUGGAUGAAGGGCAAGAAGGGUUUUCUGCUCAAGAGGGAAAUAAGUAUUCAGAAUUUGAUGAUGACGCUUCACUUAGAUUUGGAGAUUCUGAGGAAGAAACUGACAAUGAUUCAGUUAUGAUGGAAGUGGAUAACAUGACCAGAGAGAAGAUACAAGAUGAACUAAAGGAACUUAAAGAAGCACAUGCUGCAGAUGAAGAGUUUCCUGAUGAAGUGGAUACCCCAUUAGAUGUUCCUGCCAGGAAGCGGUUUGCAAAAUACAGAGGACUCAAGUCCUUUAGGACUUCUUCAUGGGAUCCUAAAGAAUCUCUACCCCAAGAUUAUGCCAGAAUUUUUGAAUUUGAUAAUUUUAAAAGAACACAAAAACAUGUUCUUGCUAAAGCCUUAGAACUGGAUCAAGAAAACCGGAAGGACUGUAUUCCAGUUGGCUCAUAUGCUAGACUGCAUAUCAUGGGAGUGCCUAGUGCUGUUGCUUCAAAGUUAUGCAUGCUUGCAAAGACAAUACCAGUUACAGCAUGUGGCCUGUUGAAGCAUGAGUCCAAAGUAUCUGUUCUUCAUUUCAGUGUGAAGAAGCAUGAAACAUAUGAUGCACCCAUCAAAUCCAAGGAAGAGUUGAUAUUUCAUGUAGGGUUUCGGCAAUUUGUUGCCAGGCCAAUUUUCUCUAGUGAAUUCAUAAAUACAGACAAGAACAAGAUGGAGAGAUUUCUCCAUGCUGGGCGCUUUUCAGUUGCUUCAAUCUAUGCACCAAUUUCAUUUCCUCCUCUUCCUUCAAUAAUCCUAAAGAGAACUGGAGGGGAUGCUGCACCUGCAGUGGGUGCUGUUGGCUCACUGAAAACUGUUGAUCCAGAUAGGAUAAUCCUUAAGCGGGUUAUUUUGACAGGUUACCCCCAAAGAGUAUCAAAACGUAAAGCUUCUGUGAGACACAUGUUUUAUAAUCCAGAGGAUGUUAGAUGGUUUAAGCCUGUUGAGCUUUAUACAAAACGUGGUCUUCGUGGGCGAAUUAAAGAACCUGUUGGUACACAUGGAACAAUGAAGUGCCUUCUCAAUGGGGUUCUUGAACAGCGUGAUACUGUGUGUAUGAAUUUAUACAAACGUGCAUACCCGAAGUGGCCAACCCAUCAUUUUCCCUUAUCACAAUAGUGAUGGGAUGGCUGUUGAAUUCUGUUAUUGGUCAAGGAAUUCAGAAGAAAGCCAAUUGUAUAUUGAUUGGGAAUGAAGCUAUGGUUCAGAUUGAUUUCCUCGUAUGGAGGAUGUAGUUUAGUGACAAUUUACUUACUUUUUUUCCACCCCCUUUUGCCCAUGUGCUCCCUUUUUGUAUUUGCAUACAGGAGUAUUGAAGUGUAAUAGUUAUUCCCAUGUACGUUUAAAAGUACUUGGGUAAAUGUGUUAAUUUUUGUUUUUCAAGGACCAUAUUUUUUUCAUUCCUGAACGAAGUGCAUUUUAAUGUAGGCAACAUCAUACUCCUUAUGAACUUGGGAUGUAUUGACCCACUUGAAGUUAUUGGUUUGAACCUUUCAGUCGAUAGUUAUUAUCUAUUGGAAGUGCUUAAUUUGAAGUAUUAUUGAGUCGGGUUUAGUUCUAAGUUU